UGUAAUUUUAUGUUGUGCUGUGCAGGUAUUGACUUGCUGUCCUAACCGAACACUGAUCUAAAAAUCCCAAUCAUUUCAAAAUUAAAAACCAAAAAGUAUAAGGAAACAGAAGAAACUUGUUUAACACGUUAUCAGAGUUGCGUAUAAAUAAGCCUAUUCUUCAUCAUGAGCCUUCGCAUACCCUUUCAUUCAUCAAUCAUCCUCUCUCUCUCUCUCUCUCUCUCUCUCUCUCAAAGCUAUCAAAGCUAUCUUCUUCUACAGUAACACAAUGGAAAAUCGGUCGACUCGCAUAGCAAUAGUGAACACUGACAAAUGCAAGCCCAAAAAAUGUAACCAGGAAUGUAAGAGGACUUGCCCGGUCGUACGUACUGGUAAAUUAUGCAUUGAGGUCAAACCUGUGUCCAAGGUUGCUCGUAUCUCCGAAGAGUUGUGCAUUGGCUGUGGUAUAUGUGUUAAGAAAUGCCCAUUUGGAGCAAUUGAAAUCAUCAACUUGCCAAAGGCACUGGACAAAGACACAACCUAUCGCUAUGGGUCUAACUCUUUUAAAUUACACAGGUUACCAGUCCCUAGGCCAGGGGAAGUUCUUGGUUUGGUUGGAACUAAUGGCAUUGGGAAGUCAACUGCCCUCAAAAUUUUGGCUGGCAAGCUCAAACCAAAUUUGGGUCGUUUCAAUAAUCCUCCAAAUUGGCAGGAAAUCUUGACUUACUUUCGAGGAUCGGAGCUGCAAAGUUAUUUUAUUCGUCUCUUGGAAGAUAAGUUGAAGGCUGUUAUAAAACCCCAAUACGUUGACUACAUUCCAAAAGUAGCUGAAGGCAAUGUAGGGGAGUUGCUCAAACAGAAAGAUGAGAGAGGUGUGAUGGAAGAAGUCAUUGUUGAUCUUGAGCUAAACCAGGUUCUAGAUCGUAAAGUAGUCAAUUUAUCUGGUGGGGAGCUUCAGAGAUUCGCCAUUGCUUUUCUUGCUUUGCAAAAGGCAGAUAUAUACAUGUUUGAUGAACCUUCAAGUUAUCUUGAUGUGAAACAAAGGCUUAAAGCUGCCAAAGUCAUCCGAUCUUUGAUCAGGCCUGAUAGCUAUGUAAUCGUUGUGGAGCACGAUUUGAGCGUCCUAGACUACUUAUCAGAUCACAUUUGUUGCUUAUAUGGGAAGCCGGGUGCAUAUGGAGUUGUAACCCUACCUUUCUCAGUUAGAGAAGGAAUCAACAUCUUCUUGGCGGGAUUUGUUCCUACAGAAAACCUAAGGUUCCGAGAUGAAUCUUUGACUUUUAAGGUUUCUGAGACUCCACAAGAAAGCGGUGAGGAAAUUGAGACAUAUGCACGGUAUGGGUACCCAUCGAUGACUAAAACGUUGGGAGACUUCAAGCUUCAAGUUAUAGAGGGCGAAUUUAGCAAUUCUCAAAUUAUUGUGAUGUUGGGUGAGAAUGGAUCCGGAAAGACUACAUUUAUGAGAAUGCUGGUUGGCCUAUUGAAACCUGAUUCUGAUGUGGAGAUACCUGAGCUUUGUGUUUCCUACAAGACCCAGAAAAUUAAUACAAAGCGUGCAAUAAAAGUCAAAGACAUGCUUCAUGAAAAAAUUCGGGAUUCCUGUACACAUCCCCAGUUUGUGACAGACGUGAUGAAGCCUCUUCAAAUUGGGCAAUUAAUGGAUCAAGAUGUUACCAAACUCUCUGGUGGAGAGCUGCAAAGGGUUGCUCUAUGUCUAUGCCUUGGAAAGCCUGCAGACAUCUAUCUGAUAGAUGAACCAAGUGCAUAUCUUGAUUCUGAGCAGCGUAUCGUUGCAGCAAAAGUCAUAAAGAGGUUCAUCCUCCACGCUAAGAAAACCGCAUUCGUGGUUGAGCAUGAUUUCAUUAUGGCUACUUACUUGGCCGACAAAGUUAUUGUCUAUGAAGGAAAGCCAUCAGUCGAUUGUAUUGCAAAUUCUCCACAAUCUUUGUUGACUGGGAUGAAUCUCUUCUUAUCUCAACUGGAUAUCACAUUUAGACGUGACCCUACAAACUAUCGCCCAAGAAUCAACAAACUGAACUCAACCAAGGAUAGGGAGCAAAAAGCUGCUGGGUCCUAUUAUUACUUGGACGACUAAACUGGAACACUGUCCAACAUGUUCGAGACAACAAUUCCCCCUCUCCAAAUCCAAGGGUGGGACUCUAUGGGACGACUAAGCCCCAGCCACCGAUACCAGGCUUUGAGUAGUCUUCGGACCAUUCUCCAUUUUCUUUGUCUCAACAGGGUAACUGUAAGACCUCUUACCAAGAGCAGGAGCUAGCUGGUUGGGGACUUUCCCAUCUUGCUUCUUAUGGCCAACACCAUAAAAAUCAACACUCGUGUGCCCUACAGAUAUGUCCUCACUUGGCUUUCCUCAUCUAUCAUAAACACUACCCCGAGGUUUUUCACUACGCGGGGAUCCUGUACCUGGUGACAGACUACUUCAGUCUCAAUCAUGGAUUGUGGGUGCAAUUCAAGUUUUUAAGUUGAAUUUGCAGUCUCAAUCGUGGAUUGUGAAUUGGCUCCUAUGGUUGGUAGGAACCAGAGAGUGUUCAGAAGAUACUGUUGCUGAUAAUUUUUUUAUUUUCUGUUACAACUCCUUGCUGCUAUAAAUUGAAUGUUAGUUGUUGAUAGUGGUUUAGUUUUUGUUGUGUAACAUUUUUAAACAUUUGUGAUCAAAGCAAAAGUAAGGAAUUUGACA